AUGGCUGACGGAAACUCUCUCGGUCCACAGCCAAAUUUCAAUCUCAUUAGUGAUGAGCUCAAAAAAGCACAAAAUCUACCAGCAAUCAAUAACGGUCAACAAAUUCUGGCCGAGCUACGAGCUAUUCGUCGAGACCUCGCAGAUACUCGUCGAGACCUCGCAGACACUCGUCGAGACCUUAUUACUAUGAUGGCUGUAUCUAAUCAUAAUAACACGGCUCGAGUUCAGAAUACCUACGUAGCAAGCCGAUCGGAACCUCUUUCGUCAUUCCUCAGCCCCUCCAACGGUGCCGCCAUUCCCGAAUUCCCUACUACAUCGACAGAACUUGGGCAAAUGACCGGACGGCAAAUGGAUACUGUCUUACAACAAUUGGGUCUUCAACCUGCUCAUGGUGCAAGUUUGGCAGCGAUGAAGAAAAUGUUGAGAACUCAUAUCGGCUUAAGGGAGGUCGCCGCCGUACCACCUCCAUGA